ACCUUGUGAGUGCAGUCAGUAUUGAGAAAGAUAUUGUGAAAACUGAAGGAGACAAUGAAGAAGCAACCAGAAGGGGAAGGAGAGGAGGAAUAAGGAAGAGGAAAAGUAUCACAGCUCGAAUGAUUUGGAGAUGGUUAAGGCAAAAUGGCUACAACUAUAUAGUUGUGAGAAAAGGUAUAUAUAUUGAUAGAUAUGAGAGGGAGGAUGUGGUGGCUUAUGGGGAGCAAUUUGUGAAGACAUUAGAAUGUCUAUGGUCUUUUGUGGUAGAGUUUGAGGAUGAUCGAAGUAUAAAGGAGAAAGAAUAUUUAUUGGGAUGUGAGAUAGGUGGGAAAACAAGACCAAUUAUCUUAAUCACAGAUGAUGAAUCAAUAUUUUCACCAAAUGAUUCCUAAAGGCAGGCAUGGGUUAAGCAAGGCUCACAAAUAAUUGUACCAAAAGGCCAGGGACAAGGUAUUAUGGUGUCAGAGUUCAUGUUACCUUGGGAGCAGCUAUCUUUAAGGGAUAUUUCACAUGAGCAAUAACAAGUACUUGGUCUGCCCUCACAUGUGACAAUACUAUUCAAAUAUGGUCCAGAAAAUAGCUUCUGGGAGGGAGGACAUUUAGUUAAGCAGGUCACUGAACUAACUAUUCCAAUUGCACAAGCAGUAUACCCAGGAUACCAAUUUCUAUUUUUAUUUGACAAUUCCUCCAAUCAGGGAGCCUUUGCCCAGAAUGCAUUACUUGCUCAGAAUAUGUGUUUGGGGCCAGGCAGGAAGCAG